GAUCCUUUCUUGUUUGGGAUUCUGGAAAAGAGGAAAAGAGCAAAGAGAUCGGCUCGGGUUUCUGGCAGCUAGGAGCUUUCCUCUCCCUUCCGCUGUUGGAGUUGGACUGUACCGGGCAGGCUGUCUCUUGAAGACUGUAUCUUUCCAAACGGUGACAGCGCUUUCUGUUUCCUGCCUUCCUGCUGUUAUACAGUUUCCUCGUGCCACUGUCCACGUUGGUCCCAUCUUUGGAUUACGCUACUUUCCAGUUCGCGUGCCUAACUGCUGGUCUGCGUGGUGGUCUGCUGUGCAGGAUACUGCGUUCCUCUUCGUCAGGUGGAGGCCAGCUGUCAGGACUUCUAGGAAGGAUCAUUGGUUUGGGGAAAAGUUUAGUUUCUUUCCAGGUGUUGUCAAGAGCAAAGCAUCUCAUGUGUGGGCAUAGAGUUCGGUAACUGAAAAGUGGAAGAACUGAACAGGCAGACAGACUUUGAGAAAACAAGACAAAACAACUGAAAGAGAGCAAGAGAAAAGAGAGAGAGAGAGAGAGAGAGAGAGAGAGAAAGAGGAAGGACAGACCAGCAAAGAGAAAGAGAAACAAAAAGAACCCAAAAUAUCUUAUUUCAGGAAAGUCGAAGACAGGAGAGAAACUGGGACUAUGGGGAGAAAAAAGAUUCAGAUUACAAGGAUUAUGGAUGAACGUAACAGACAGGUGACAUUUACAAAAAGAAAGUUUGGUUUAAUGAAGAAAGCUUAUGAGCUGAGCGUUCUGUGUGACUGUGAGAUUGCACUAAUCAUCUUCAACAGCACUAACAAAUUGUUCCAGUAUGCAAGCACUGACAUGGACAAAGUUUUGCUGAAAUACACUGAGUACAACGAGCCUCAUGAAAGUCGGACUAAUUCAGAUAUUGUGGAGACAUUAAGAAAGAAAGGAUUAAACGGCUGUGACAGUCCAGACCCAGAUGCAGAUGAUUCAGCACUGAACAAGAAGGAAAACAAAGGUUGUGACAGCUCUGACCCUGACUCCUGUUAUGCACUAACCCCCCGCACAGAAGAAAAAUACAAAAAAAUAAAUGAAGAAUUUGAUAAUAUGAUCAGGAAUCAUAAAAUGCCUGGUGUUCCACCACCUAACUAUGAGAUGCCAGUUUCUAUCCCUGUGACCAACCCCAACAGCCUGGUAUAUGGUAACCCAGGCAGCUCACUGGCAAACCACAAUCUACUACCUUUGGCCCACCCAUCACUACAGAGAAAUAGUAUGUCUCCAGGUGUGACACAUCGGCCUCCAAGUGCAGGAAACACAGGUGGCCUUUUGGGUGGGGACCUUACAACUGGUGCUGGCACCAGCACAGAUACACAUGAUCAUGAGGUAAAUUUCCAAGCACAUGGGGUUAGAUUGGCGAGGAUGAGGGAAGCAUGUGGAAAUGGAUAUGGCAAUCCAAGAAAUUCACCAGGUCUGCUGGUCUCAUCUGGUAGCAUGAACAAAAAUAUGUCAGCAAAAUCACCACCACCAAUGAAUGUGGGAAUGAAUAAUCGAAAGCCAGAUCUCCGUGUUCUUAUCCCUCCGGGCAGCAAGAACACCAUGCCUUCACUGUCUGAGGAUGUGGAUCUGUUAUUGAAUCAGAGGAUAAAUAACUCCCAGUCAGCGCAAUCACUGGCUACACCUGUAGUUUCUGUAACAACCCCUACUUUGCCAGGGCAAGGAAUGGGGGGAUACCCAUCAGCCAUUUCAACUACUUAUGGUACUGAAUACUCCUUGAGUAGUGCAGACCUAUCUUCUCUGUCUGGUUUCAACACAGCUAGUGCUCUUCAUCUAGGGUCUGUACCUGGUUGGCAACACCAGCACCUCCAAAACAUCCCACACUCAGCACUCGGCCAGCUUGGAACUUGCACUAGCACUCAUUUAUCUCAGAGUACAAAUCUCUCCCUGCCUUCUACUCAAAGCCUCAACAUCAAGUCAGAACCUGUUUCUCCUCCUAGAGACCGUACCACCACGCCGUCAGGAUACCCUCAGCAUACACGACAUGAGGCGGGGAGAUCUCCGGUUGAUAGCUUGAGCAGCUGCAGCAGUUCAUACGAUGGCAGUGACCGUGAAGAUCAUCGGAAUGACUUCCACUCACCAAUUGGACUCACCAGACCUUCGCAGGACGAAAGACAAAGUCCCUCCAUGAAGCGCAUGCGGCUUUCUGAAGGAUGGGCUACAUGAUAAGAUUGUUAUAUAUUUAAUUUUUUGCAGUGUGUGUGUGUGUGUGUGCUAAACAUUAAGUGGGAAGGGGGGAGGGGUCAGUAUGCAUUAUAUGUGCCGUGUGUAAAAAUACAAAAAAGUCAGGUACUCUGUUUUGUAAAAGUACUUUUAACUUGCCUCAGUGAUUUAAAGUUUAGCAGAAACUGCUGAGAUAAUAAGCUUGGCACUUGAACUGUACAACUGAAUCCUUGUACAAAAAUAGAUAUUAAGGUUAUCUUCUUUUUCAUUGCUGUGCUCCUUUGCAAAAUGUAUGUUACAAUAGAUGGUGUCAUGUUGCAGGUUCAACGUUAUUUACAUGUAAAUAGAUAAAAGAAAACAUUUGCCAAUAAUGGCAGACUUUUACCAUGAGACAAGAAGCAGUGUUUAUGCAACAUAUUGAAAAAUGUACAGAUGUGUUGACAGACCUAGCUUAUGGGUGGCCACUGAAGAUAAAACAGUGAGAAAAAGAAGCUGGGUACCCUGGCAUCCCUUUUAUACCACAGUCACAAACAUGCUGGCAUAUCAUUGGAGUAUGGCACGAAAUAGGAUCAAAGACACUUUGGGUGGACCAUACUUGUAAAAUAUUUAGUCUGAGAGCUAAUAUAUUUAAUUUUGAAGUCUGGGUCUGCAUAACAUAUUAAGUAUAAAAGAUAUGUACAUUACAUUUUGCUUAUAUUUUCAUAUAAAAAUAAGAAAAAAAAGUUUGCAAAGCAUCUGUGGCUUUUUGUAGUCUACUUAAGCCAAGACAUGUUUUUUUUUUCCCUUGAUAGCUUCGCAGAUAUUAUAAAUGGUGGCAAAGAAGACUUUAAAGGGUGUUUUUGUAUAAAAAGCCCUACCCUAAGCCAUGAAGAACUCCAAGCUUUGCUAACCAAGACAACUGUUUUCUCUUUAUAGAAGUUUUGUUUUUGAAAUGUGUAUUUCUAAUUAUAUAAAAUAUUAAGAAUCUUUGAAAAAUCUGUGAAAUUAACAUGCUUGUGUAUAGCUUUCUAAUAUAUAUAUAUAUAUAUAUAUAAAUAUAUAUAUUAUAAUUAUGGUAAUAGCAAACAUUGUUUUCUUAGUGGGGGGAUUAUAUAUGUGCAGUUGCACAUUUGUAAGUAACUAAUUUCUUUUGGUGUUCUGCAUAUGUUUUGCAGAAUCAAAGUUGGCUGUAUCCUGUCAAAGGAUAUCCAAGGUUUGGAAUUGCCACAAAGUUAUUAAGUAACAUUUUCAAGAAGUCUACAGUGACAUUUAUUUUGGUGGACUGCCAUCCAUUGUGUAUACUGAGGAGUUACGUUAUAAUGCUGUUUUCUGCUGGAGUUACUUUACAGUUAAUUUGAUGCAAACACUUUUAAAAUAUUGCAAGUUGCCACAGUUGUGACUUCUUGGUAAGCACAUUCUCAGGGUAAAACUAUCUGAGCUCCAUAACCAUCUAACAGCAUACAUUUGCCUCGAUUCUCAGUUGUGUUUCUUUUUUAACCUAGUUGGCUUUGUAUUUUUUGCAUAGGGUUGUCAUUUACAGGAGAUUUAAAUAUGAAAGCAAUAACCUUGAACCAUUUGAGUACCAUAGCAUUUCUUUUUCUAAUGCUUGUUGAAAACAAAACUUGAUAUAUAAUAUAGCCAUGUUAGCUCAUAUGCCAAGUUGAAAACAAUGGUGGAAGUUACACUCAAACUAAUAUUUUCAUUAACAAAAGUAAAAGUAGAUAAUGCAAUUACAGACAGACAAGGAGAGCUCAGUGUUGCAUAAAUGGAUGUCAUCCUGCAGUUCUCAUUUCUACAUUCAGAAAGUCUAUAGCAGCAGCAAGACAUCGGUAUUUGGAACAGGUAAUACUUAAAACAACAAUUAAAUGAAUAGAAGCACAACUUUGAUCGCAAUGGGUCACUUUUUCUGUAAGUAAUUCUCUACCUUUAACCAUAAGUUACCAUAUUGGUAUGUGCAAAGCUAAUUCUGGGUUACUGUGAGAUUAUUAUUAUUAUGUAUUUAAUGAUUUCUGAGGCAGAGCCUCAAAAUGUAUUACCAUUAACUCACACAGACCCAAUUUGCUUCCAGAUUUUGGGCAGCAUUAUUUACCAUGAACUCAAGCAGGAAGAGAAAUAAUUAAUGAAAACUACAGACAUCAUUUCACGUGCUACUGACAAACUGGGAGGGAUUGGGGAGAUCAUUAUAAUGAAGUGGGUAAACAGAACAGUGUAAUUUUGCUACAGUUUUCAUAAAAGGACACAACUAGCAAUAUCUGACAAGAGCAACAAUAUUUUGAAGGAACUUUCACACUCUUCACAUUUCAUUAUAUUGGAGGUAAGGGUCCUGUCUUCUGCCAUUUUGGGCUAUCAUUUCUGGAAUUGCCAGAAUGUUCUAUUCCAAAUCUGUAGUAUACUGAGAGCACCUUAAAGCUUAAGAAAGAAAAUUGAUCAUCUUGACACAGCUGUCUCUAGCCGCUGUGCUACAGCUCUAUGCAUUUCAUGCCCAGCCUUCAGCAGCAUCAGGAUAUAUUUCUGAAAUUUGUGUUUUACCAUGUCAACAGUAGAGCAGAAUGCAUUCCUUAGAAAACAGCUACUUGAAAAACUGUUAAAAAUUUGUUGCCUAAAUGUGGAGUGCUUUGUCUGUUCUUGUUUGUGCCAUCUGAUGUUGUGUUGUCACGUAUAAGGUACUGGUUUGUUGCCACUACAGAGCUCAGACUGAUGGAAUAUUUGUAACUGUUAGAUUGUUUCAGAAUGAUAAAGGUUUUUUCAUGUACUUUUUCACCAAAGACAUGGAGCAAUCCAAGUCCAGAGCUGUAGCAAAUCUACUGGAAACAAUCCCUUUAUUCAGUUUUAUAUUCAGGUGUUGCAGCAGAUUGCCUUCUCUGUUCAUACCUCAGAUUGAGCCAUACCUCAGCAUUUGAAAAGAGGUCUGUCAGUAUGACAGUAAGAAAAUGCACAGCAUUCAGUGAAGUACAGACAUGGGGUUUUGCUAGGCAAACUCUUUGGAUUGCUCCAGCAGGUUCACUGUAUUCUUUUUCUGCUGAUUUAUUUCGUUUAUACAGUAGAAAUGAAACAUUGCUUCGGAAUAAGGACAUGUAAGCAUCCACAGCAAAUAUUAAGAAAAGAGGCUCACAGCGGCAUAAGCUGGACUUUGUCGCCACUAGAUAACAAGAUGUUAUAAUUAAUUUAACUUACAUCUAUGUAUCUCAAGGGACUUAAUUCAGCUGUCUGUAGUGAACAAAAAAAUGGUAAAAUUUGAAAAUGUUCUCCUGCUGGAAAUAAGGUAUAAUUUGUAUUUUGCAGACAAAUCAGUAAAGUUACUGGCUUUCUUAGUGA